GGUCCUUUCUCGAUGGGUGGAGUUUUGUUACUCUAUCCCUGUCUGGCUGUAUUAUGGGACGCAUAGCUUAUGGUCUUGUCAGGGGGUUCAACCGGGAGAGCCUUUGGGCCCUUUGCUUUGGAGUUGCAUCCUUUAGUGUGCAAGAUCAGAGACUCUUUUGAUCUAAGUAUGCAGGCUUGGUAUUUGGAUGAUGGCACUAUUGUGGGGGAAACUUUGGUUGUUGGGAAGGUCUUGGACAUGAUUAUCGAUGAAGGCCCACGAGUUGGCCUUCACCUAAAUGUGGGUAAGACGAAGGUUUUUUUCCCUACUGAGGAUCCUAUGAGUCGGCUUCCAGGUGUUUUCCCAACCUCUAUUGCUCGGCCUCCACACGGUGUCACUGUUAUGGAUGGCCCUGUCAGUUCUUGUUCUGAUUUUAGAAGUGAUCUUGUGGCGAAGAGAGUUAUUAGGACCAUUGAGCUGAUGGACUUGGUUGCGAGGAUUGAUGAUCCACAAUGUGAUGGAUUCGCAAAAGGAGGCUAUGGUGCAUCCUUUUUCAGAGGAAGAAAUUCGGGGGGUUAUUCAUGUUUGUGAUGGGGAUAAAGCACCAUGACCAUAUGGUUUUAUCAUAGCUUUCUUUAAGAGAUAUUGGGAGGUUGUCAAAGAAGAUGUUGUGGUUGCUUUUGAUGAUUUUUUCCAGCAUGGCACAUUACCCAGAAUGGUUAACAACACGUUCAUUUUCCUUAUUCCCAAG